AUGAGCCCCUUAGGUCGCCAAUGUCUUCUGCUCCACUUGGUACACUUGGCCAGAGCAGCCAUCUCUGGAGAGGUUCUGGUUGGUGGCACCGAGCCACUGAAGGUGCCAAUGGCUGUGUCCUUUGCACCAAAUGGCCAGCUGCUGGUGGUCGAUACGGACAACCACCGUGUGUUGCAAUGCCCUGGCUGGCAGCUACAGGGCUUCGCCCAGCAGUCCUGUAGCGUCCUUGCUGGCACUGGCAGUGGUGGCUUUGAGGCCUUUGAGCUGCGAACGCCCUAUGUGGCCAUUCCCGUGCAAGUCUCAGGCGACAACUUCAGCCUGGUCAUUGCGGAUACGCACAACCACCGCAUUCAGUAUUGGCCAGGCGGUGCAACUUCGGGUCGCACCUUGGUGGGUGGACCAGGCUUUGGAGCCCCCACCUAUGAUGGCCCUGGUGAGCUGCAAUUUCCUGCUGGCCUAGCCAUUGAUGAGGCAAAAGGUUUCAUGUAUGUCGCCGACACAGGGAACCACCGCGUAGUGCGCUACUCAUUGGACGUGCAACAGAUGCAGGUGCUGGGUUCUGGCCUCACAGUUGCAGGAACUGACGGGACGUCCGGGAGCAAUGAGAGCCUCUUGGACAAUCCCACCGCCUUGGCUCUGUCUGGAGAUCGUCUCUACGUGGCUGAUGCCAGGAAUAGCCGGCUGAUGACCUGGCUGGUGCGUGAAGAACUCCUGGAAACUCCUGUGAGGCGACUAUCCUCAGUGGGCGAUGAGAAUAUGAGGCGACUAUCCUCAGUGGGCGAUGAGAAUACAACAGGAACAGAAACGACCAUGACCACAACAUCUAUGACCAUGACCACUUCCUACACCAUCAGUACGACGAGUACCACCACUUACACAGGCCCGCGCUAUUUUCUGGAAAUGGAUGGAUUCACAGGACGCCCUUAUGGGAUCUAUGUCAACGACGGCGGAAUCUAUGUUUCUGACGCGGAUGGCUGCGUGAUUUGGAAGAAGACCAGCACUGGCCAGAAAUCAUUAGUUGUAGGUGGUACUUGUGGUUUUAGCACAUCACAACUCUACUUCCCUGCUGGCUUGGUGGUGGAGACGGGCGGUGCCAUCAUUAUCGCAGACAGCAGAAACAAUCGAAUCAUUCGCUUCGGUUCAGAACCAACUCCAAGCAACGUUGAGAAGUGCACCUUGGGCGGGAACUGUGAGGUGGUGCUCCGGAACGGUCUACCCACUCCCAGGAGCCGCCUGCUGCUGGUCAAAAGCACCACCCAGACCACCGUGAACGGCGCCUGUGGUGGUGGCUGUGUGGACUCGGGGCUUGGCGGCGGCUCUUGGGUUUCUUUGCCUGGCCCACAGCCUCCGCUUCUGACAGUGAUGAUCUUUCCCUUUGGUGUGGCUGGCUUUGGCGAAACCAUGCGAGAUUACAUCAUGUGCUAUGGACCAGAAGGAAACGCCGAGGAGGUUGCCUCUGGGAACUGCAGCUCCAUGCCCUACAACGUGGGAACGGUGAGGAUGCUUCCGCAUCUAUCUUCGACUCCUUCAACAGAAUGCGUCACAGGGACUCCUUGCACUGCGGACCUCGAUGGGUAUGGCAUUCCUGCCGCCGACUUGGUGGUUGUGGCGAUCAUCGACUCUGCCUAUGGCACCGGAGUGGCGUGUGGGACUGGAAGUACCCAGAACUUUCAAGGCUAUCGUGCCUUUUUUCUGCAAAAUCCAGGUUUUCUGCAACCAAUUGUGGAGCCCUACUUGAGCCAAGGGAACCGAAGUGCCAAUGUACAAGUCUUCUUUGGGGAGGCGCUUGGCCAGGGAAGUCAAUUGCUUUGCGCUUGCUACGAAGGCAAUGACUGCAAUUCUCCAAGCCGAUUCAAGGAGCCAAUUGGUUACAUCCGAGUGCGCAGUGCCCUGUUCAAUAGCCUCUUUUGUCGCUGGGGAGAGUCCUGUGUGCUGAACGUCAGCGGCCAAUAUUUGAGGGACACGGACGUGGCCGUCCUGACCCCCAGCUACCGAAGCUGCACCUCCCUGAGCUUCCAGGAAGCCUCAUCCUUUCAGUUCGACAACCCAGUGGCCAAUGCCUCAUCGGCCACAGUCAGCUCGAUGUCAUCUUCAGAUGGCCUGAACAUUGCCUCCUUUGAUCUGGGUACAGCGAGGGACAGCGGCGUGUUUCAGGUGUGCUACUGCGCUUCCUAUGACGGUGAGGAUGCAGAUGACCAGACUUGUAGCAGCGCCGCCGAGUUCACUCAUAGCGCUGGUACCCUGGUGAUCAUGCGAGUGAACAGCCAGGACUAUGAGUGCGCUAUGAACCGCGCUUGCUCGGUGGAAGUCAGUGGUUUGUACAUGGCAGCCACAGAUAUCUUGCUGGACACUGGAGGGUUGGCCGCCUGUGGCAGCAUCGUUCCACAAGAGGCAGCAGUGGUUGGUGGCAUUAGCUUCCAGCAAAACUUCUUUGCAGCACAGGCUGGUGCCACCAGCGAUCCGAAUACUUCACAGCACUUUCAGUUGAUCACCUUCACGGUGCCCGGGGAUCAUCGGCUCUGCUACUGCUCUAGCUAUGAUGCGGAUCCUAACAAUGUCAACGACCAGAUACAGGGCCCUUGCAACGAUGCUGUUGAGUUCAUCCAACCGGUAGGUCUCCUCACCAUUCGCGGGCCAAGCUACAGAGUGAUCUCGUGUGCUGCCAACGUGCCUUGCAGCAUCACGGUGUCUGGCUCCAGAUUGGCUGCUGAUGAUCAACUGCAGGUCUGUUCAGUGAGCAGUGGCUGUGGCAACACCACCGCCUGUGCAGCAGUUGGACCCGAUGCCCUUGGAGGGCCCUUGUCCCCAAAUAGCGCCACAUCAACGCAGGCAUCGUUUGGGCUGGGAUCUCUUCCUCUUGGCACCUAUCUUCUUUGUUAUUGUGCUCCUGGAACCUCUGGCACCGCGCCCAUCAGUUGCACUUCCUCUCAGGAUUUGGAUAUGCAGGCGGGGCAACUUCGUGUUCGUGGUGUGGACGGUGGACAGCUCUUUGAGUGUGCGGAGAAUACGCCGUGCGCCUUCACUGUGACGGGAUUUGACCUCUCGACAACAGAUAUGGUGAUGGCGGUCCCUCUCAGUGGACAGUGCGGAGUCACCGAUGGCAACUUUGCGGUGGGCGCCUUCAACCCCAACUCACGCAGCCGGGCCAGCGUCAACGUGGGCAGCGGCACUAGCAGAGAAUUUGGGUAUGAUUCGAUUACGGCGCCAGAGCGCUACAAGAUCUGCUACUGCGUGUUUGCUGAGUGUGUCAAUGCGUCGCACUUUACAGAAGAGGUCGGCACUUUGGUGGUGAAGGGCAUUCAGCGGAGCAGAUUCGCACUUUCUUGCCUCCUCGGCGAGCGCUGCAACGUGGCUUUCAAUGGCUCUGGCUUUGAGAUCAGCACGGAUAGCUUGAAGUUGAUCCCUUCUGGUAUACCUUGUGGUGGUGUGGUCCUGCGAAUGGCCGGAGAUGGUAGCAACAGCACGCAGCCGUUCUUAGGCUUUUAUGACGUGGGCACAAUGAUCUACAAUGGCCGCAACUACUACAAGCAGUGCCUGGCAGUGAUCCUUGGCUCCAGCCAUGGCUUCGGGGCGCCAUGGAUUCCAUGGAUGCCAUGGAUGUCUUGGCGGCGGUGCCUACACCUGGCGGCCACGGGGCUGCUGAUUUGGUUGACCUUGGGAGGUGUGAAGCGUCGGAAUUUGAGCACCUGCCCUGGCUGUGAAGGGGUGAAGGAACUAGCCAGCAUCGCCCGAGAGAAGCCAACCAGACUUUCAGCUGCGGAAGCACUAGAGUGUCUACAGAGGACCGAGCCGCCAUGGCUCUAUGCAUUUGGUGAUUCCUUGUCACGGGGUGUCUUUUUUGAUAUCAUCUCCCUUCUAAAUGGCACCGAGAAUGUAACUCAUCCAGGCCAUUCUGCCAACUUCUCUGCACAUUGCACCAUCUUGGAGAAGCGACCUCCCACAAACCGAACAAAAUGUGGAGGUUUUGACUACGUUGUCCUGGGCCAAGGUGGUGUAUAUCCUGCUGACAGCGUGCACCACACGGGGUCCCGACGUCUGCGUUUGACCUUCAGGUUAAAGACAUUCACUUCCGACACCGCUUUUGACGCUCCAUCGCUUCACGUUUUGUCAGCCAAUUCGCAGCCGCCCAGCAUUUUGCUGAUGAGCUUUGGCCUGUGGGACAUGCAGUACCCUCAAGGCUCACCAGAGGAGGGGCUGCGCAGCUUUCAGCAGCAUCUCAGCGCAUUUCUCGAUACAUUGCAGCAAACCUUUCCUGUCAAGAGACCCAGGAUCUUUUGGCUCACCUUGACUGCUGUGGCAUCAUCCAAACUGCCAGUGUGGAAACGACCCCUGUUGAGCCCCCAAAUGGCGAAACGCUACAACGACCUUUCGGAGCAACUUCUUCGACCUAGAGGCAUUGAACUCAUUGACACCUUCACCAGCAGCCAACAGCACCCUGAGGAGUCGAAGCACAGCAGCAAUGCAAAGCCAUUGUGGAACUUCCAGCUGAAUGAGCUUUGCCAAGAUGUCUCAAGAUGUCUCAGACAUUUGUGUAGGGCGGGCAGUUCUCCUAGGAUGCAAGAUCCAAAGCUUUGCAAGGCCUUGGAUGAAGUUCAGGGCGAGCCUGUGGGUCCUCCACGCAAAAAUUCAUUGCAAAAUGCUUUGCCGCUGGGUCUCGCGAGUCACUUGGUGUCCUACAACAUCUUCCGUGGCUGGUGGGUGAUCAGCACUGACCUAGAAUCAAAGGAUGCGCCAUUGGCCUGGGCCGAAGGCCGUGAUUCCUACGCGCCAAAUCAGCUGCCGUUGAACUCCUGGCAGAUCUGGAUCGUGGAUAACAUCACAGUCAUUGGCGCCGGAUAUUGGUACGCACAUCCUACCCUGCGCAUGGCUGGUGCAGUUGAUGACAACUUUGCUUUCAGCAUCAACCCAUCAGCAGUGAUGACGCAAAUUACCACGGAUGCUGACCUGGGAUUGCCAUAUCUCAGCAGCGCAACCUUUGAUGUUGGCACUGCUUCUACAGCUGGAACCUACAAUCUCUGCUGGUGUCCAUCUUGGGACUGGCCAGUGACCAAUGCCGCACGAAGUGGCGACCUGGAUACCAUACCUUGUUCAAGUGAACAGGAGUUCUUUGUGAACAACGGCAACUUGGUGGUGGGUUUUCUCACCAUGCAGGCUCGCUAUCACUGUCUUCCAUCGGACUGUAGCAUCGGUGUGGCCCUGCCAGCCUACCUGCCGAAUCGGCGUGCUGUAGUUCUUCCUGGUGACAUCAAAUGUGCUGAGGCAGUAUCAACCAUGGCUUCUCCUUGGAGUUCCUCCAGAAAUGUCUCAGGAACAGUGCCUUCAGUGGGCACCAACUGGACCCUCUUCAGCUUCGGGACUGCCAGCGUGACGGGCGAGUUUCAAGUUUGUAUUUGCUCCGACUACGACAAUGGCGAAGACAGCGUCGCGUGCAGCCAACUCAGCGAGUUCUAUGAGGCCGCAGGUACUCUCACAGUGGCGGACCAGGUGUUCCUUGUUUUUGAAGCGGGUGUCAAUGCAGCCUUGAACGUCACUCGUGGCUAUGGCUUGGAUGCUUCAGACAGGAUCCAUUUCCAGCCUGGCUUUGCGUGCAAUGCUUCCACUCUAGGUUCAACAGUGGCCUCACCCAGCAACGUUGAGGCCAAUGGAGCCUGGGCCAUCUAUGCACUUGGACCACAGGGAUUGUCCCUGGACAGCGGGCUCUACGUUGCUUGCCUUUGCACCAACUUUGAUGGGCCCGACAGUGAUGAGGUGUCAUGCAACAGUGCAGAUGAGUUCACCACGGCAGUGGGCAAGCUGCAGGUGGCUGCAGUUCAAGGGCCUCAACUUCGCUCCAGCAUAUCGGGAAGCAUCCUGCUGAGGCUCACCUUGGCUCGUCGCCUGUCAGCCACAGAUGCAGCCGCCGUAUCAAGCGGUUGGGCGCUGGCCACUGCACUAGAAGCUGCUUUAAAGACGGCCUUUGACUCCUUCAUCUCUCCCGUCUCUGUGGAAGUCACAGGUGUGUCACCUUUGCGCGGCCCCGGUACUGUGGAUGUCGUGGCCAACUUCACUGCAACAUUCAAUGGUUCCGCGAACCAGCAAUUGCUUGAGGUCAGAGAUUUCGACAACGCCAGCUGCCCCGACGAGUUGCUGGAGCCACCAUGGACCCAGCCCACGGGCUUGGUGACCACUCCGGCCUUUGCAGAUUCCCCAUUGCUGCUGGGGUGCCUUCGCUUGAACGAUGUGAUCACCAACGAAGGCGCAGCUCUGCAAAGCACGGUGGCCACUGAGCUGCAGAGUGCUUCCCUGGCAGGGAUCUCGGGUAUUGAGGUCACAAGCUUUGGCACGAUGAUGGCUCCAGUCCUGGGCUACCUACCAGAGAUCUACCGCUGUGUACGUGGAGCUCCGUGUCAGAUCCUGGUUACAGCUGCUACGGGUGCAGCAUCUGUGCCGGCUGGUGGUUCGAUGCUUCUCAUAGGUAGCGGUUUAUGUGGAGCAGAGGACAGCCAGAGACUGACCACGGUGCUUGCGAGCAACCCAGUGGAUGCGACUGCAUCCACCUCGACAUCAGGGCACCUGGUGAAUCUUGGAGAUCCAAUCCUUGAGGGCAGCUACACCCUGUGCUACUGUGCUGGCAGUGACAGCGGGAGUGGGAGCUGUGGCUCGUCCCGGGACUUCUUCAGCUUGGUUGGAACCCUGACAGUACGUGGACCAAGCAGCUCACUGGCAGCUUACUGCGUGGUUUACAAGGCUUGCACAGUGGCCCUGUUCGGUGUGGAACUUUCCAUUUGGGACGGGCUGCUGGUGAAGGAUGGUACAGGAGGCAGCUGCUACGAUUCCAACGUCGUGGGUUUUGGCGCAUCUAGCCACUUCAUCAACAACCCUGCAACUUUGCCCUCAAAGGACUCGGUUGAACAAUUCUUUUUCGACCUGGGUACCGCCUCGCAGACUGGCACGUACCAGCUUUGCUAUUGCGCCAGCUACAGCUCCCAGGGCAGUUCUGUGCCCUGUCAAUCACCGGCCGACUUCAGCAUGCAGGCUGGCACCCUCUAUGUCCGCGGGGUUCAGCAGAUCAACACAGCCAGCUAUAGCUGCGUGAGAUCCUCCAAGGGCGACGGUGAAGCCGAGUGCGCUUUGCCGGUGGAAGGGACUGGACUCAUGGCGGUGCAGGACAAGAUGCUGGUGAUCCCCGUUACCACCACUGGCAAUUCAUCCUGCGGUGAGGUGGAGCCAUCUCCCACCUUCGGUAUCAGUCCGAAUCCAGUGCCCUUGAGCAUUUCCACCAGCAAUGUGACCCGCUGGGGCGCUGUUGAUUCUGCCAGUGUAGCGCAGUGGACAGUACAAAGGCUGGAACAACCUGGCAAUUACCAAGUUUGCUACUGCGCUGACUCACCAGACGGAUCAUUAGAUAGCCGUGGUGAAUGCUUCAGCGGUGCUGCUGGCUUCUAUCACGAGAUGGGAAGUCUGGAAGUGCGUGGAGCUGACCCCGCACAAAUGUUCCUUUGUGUGCCCGGGAAGACCUGUGAAUUCGUGGUGACCGGUGUGAACCUCUCCAUUUCUGACAAGGUUCGCCUGGUGGGACCAGAGGACAGCUGUUCCAGACCCAAGCCCUUGGUCACUGCCACGAAGAUCGAUUUCAACCAGGCAGCCGAGGCCAACCAGUCCUCUGCCAGGUUUGACUUGGGGCUGUUGGAGUUGACCCGGCCAAUGGCACUUCGCUUGUGCUACUGCGCGAGCUACAAUCGUGAUGGGCAGGGCAGCGACUGUUCGGACGUUGCGGACUUCACUCAUGCCGCGGGUGUCGUCAACGUUGCAAUUUGUCCAAUUCCUCCUGGUGGUGGCACCUUUGUGGUGCCAGUGCAGGACGUCUACGGAGACCCUGGCGACCCAAAGUUUCGCUUCUAUUCCUUGCCCGCAUGGCUUUGUCAUGAUGCUGGGUCAAGAACAUCUUCGGACAUUGCGAAGUAUCAGUCCAUCAUGCUGUUGGGCAGUGGUGGCCUUGAAGGCAAGGGAGGAGCUAGUGGCGAUGAAGACCUGGUCUACUCCAGCCGCGUAGCACAAUGCAUACCGGGCAUUGAGGCAGCUGUGCCCAGGUUCCCCAACUCCAACAUCUCCACCACAGAUGUCUCCGUGGUUGGAGGUGCGGGGGCAAACAUCAAUGGCUUGCCCAUCGACACUGGCUUUCGAUUGCAAGGCUCCAUGAGCCUUUCGGAUGAGCGUGGCAACAUGCAGACCUGCAUGUCCUGGGAGGUGGAAGUCGUCUCCUUUGGCUGUGGAUGGGAUGCCGCCAUGACGUUUGGGAUCGUGCUUCACCUGCUACUCUUUGUCACCAUCAUAUGGAGUUGUUUCAGCAACCAGAUCUAUCACUGUAGCGCUUUCUGCUCCUGGACGAAGAAGGUAGAGCCCAUUGUUGAGACUGACCCGGAGGAAAAGGAGGAGGCGUUGAGACGUGCUGCAGACGCCAUCCGGAGGAUGCCAACCGUCGCUACCACUGGAACCCCAUCUGUGAAGGCCAUUGCAGCGGGCGGCGCUUCCAUCGAAGAGCCGGACGGCAAUGUCUUGGUCCGGGCCACAGAGGAGCAAAUACUGGAGCUGCGUGUUGUGGUCAAGUUUUCUGGUUAUGUUGCGCCAGCAGUGAGGAUGGCAUUUGCUCUGGAACUCAAGAAGGCACCCAUAAACGAGGUCAAGGGCGAGGUGAGACUGGUGGAAGUGAAACUUGAUCUGAGCCUAGGCUCCAAUGUGGGCGUAGCCUUUGAUGUGCAGGACAAGAGCCACCCUGUGGUGAAGGAGGUUUUCGGCGGCUUGCUGGAGAUGUGGAACAGCUCCUGUUUGCCAGAGCAGGAAGUGAAGGUCUUUGAUCGACUGGUGGAAGUGGACGGCAAAAGUGGUAGCAAAAUGGAUCUCUGUGACCGUCUCUCCGAACAAAAGGAUGCUAUGACGGGGACUAUGGUCUUGAAAUUUGCCCGACCCAAGGAGAAGAAAGUGACUCUGAAAAAGAAAGAAGGCAAGGAUUUUGGAGUUACUUUAAACUACUACAAGUCUUCGAUGAAGGUGAUCAUCGCAGGUGUUGAACCUAAUGGCAUCACUGCCGACUGGAAUGAACAGCAUCCUGACACCCCAGUGUUGGCCGACGAUGUGAUUGUUGAAGUGAACGGUGUCAGUGGGUCGCCGAUCAAAAUGGUGUCAGAGUUGAAGAAAAGUGAAGAGCCAGAGCUCACGGUUCUGCAAUACUAG